UACUGGGACCGUGUGGAAAUUUGGAUAUUAUUCUUCAAAUUACCGUCAUUUUCCUUCUAAUAAUGGACGCUAGUGCGUUGUAUUAGAGACGUGAAGUGUUUUGUGCCGCCGCACUUGGUCCAUAAAUGUUAAAAGACGUAUGAUGUUGAAAAAUUGUGGGUGAUUUACUUUUGGAUCAUUGUGCAGUUCCGUCGGAAGAUGGAGAGUGGGACUGUGUAGGCUCAUCCGCCAAUUUGGGGCUUCAUUAAGCUCAGUAGUUGACUCUGGAGUAUUAAUAUGUGCCUUGAGGGAUGCAGUGUUCGUCGAACUAUUCCAGUGAUAUUUCUGAGGUGUUAUUUAUGUUGUCGGGAACAAGCAGAACCGUGCGUCGUGGAUUCAAAUUCCAUUAAAUACGAUACUGUGUAGGCUAGUAGACACGGCUUGGUAAACAGGGAGAUAUGGCCGAUCAUCUCGUCGACGGGCCGCCAAACAAGCGGCAGAAAAUGACUGACUCCUUCCAAGGGCCUUCUGACUCGUCCGUACCGUUGGCGCCUUUAAUGAUGCACCAUGCUUACAACUUCGGCUUGGCUACACCUCUGGGGAACAAUGGUGGCAGGGGAACACAACAACCGCAACAGCAACAGCAAUGGAACACGCAGAAGAGAAACUUGUUUACAAACACUACAAUGUUUGCCUUGGAGAAUGAUCUUCCGGAUGAUCUCCUGUCAACUGGCUCGUGGAGUACAUCUAUGGAAAGUGCUAAGCAGCCUCCGCCAGGUCCAGGGCCAGGUUCUGGAGGUCAACCAGGCACAGCACUCCAGAAUGGGACUGUUGAACAGUCUCAACAAGGUGCUGGGACCACAGCUGAAGGGGCUCGUCAACAUGUAGCAGCACAGCAGCAACAGCAACAGCAACAACAGACACAGCAGCAGCAACAGCAACAACCACCGCAACAAACUCAACAACCACAACAGCAACAGUCACAGCAGUCUCAGCAGCAACAGCAACUAGUGCAGCAGCAACAGCAGCAGCAUCACCUUCUGCAGCAGCAACAACAGCAGCAGGGAAACAAAGGAUUGGUGGUCAACUCCAUGGGGCUCACUGCUGGAGCACUUGGCAGUAAGAGCCCCAAUUUACAGUCUGCACCAAAUGUAUCUGUGAGCAAAGGUGUAAACUCAUUAGUAGUUAGCUUGAGCAGUUUGCCCUCCAGCAUAGCUUCAACACAAACAAUGACAGGGAUCAGCAUGGGAAUGAAUAGUGGAGGUGGCAUGAUAAUGACAAGUGCUGUUCAUAAUCCUGUCCAGAAUGGGCCGCUCGUUGUGUCACGAACUGUAGGCUUACAACAACAACCACAGCAACAGCAGCAGCAACAACAAAGCCAUCUUGUUGCAAGGGGACAAUCACCACACCAGGUGCACACAGUUGGAAUAGGUGGACCACGGAUGCAGAAUCCAAAUAUCUCCACAAUCAGCCAGAUGGGUCAAGCUCUUAAUGCUGGCAGCCCUUAUGGAUAUGCUCCUCCAGGUGGGGCUGCAGCAGGGCCACAGGCUGUCAGUGUUCCACCACCUGUUGGAGUAGUUACUCCUCAGCCAAGAUCUACUAUGAUCCCCAACAUGCCGUCGAUCCAGGGUACCCGCUUUGGGGCAUCUCCAGGUAGCUCUUUAGGUGGUCCAGCUGUUGUAGGAGUGACUGGAACAGAAGGAGGCAUUGCACCUCAAGCGCAGCCUCCUGCACCAUCUCCGGCUCAGCCACAGUCUGGAGCACCAAGUGGGAGCCAGCCUGGUCCUCAAACAGCAACCCAGAGUCAGGGAGCACCACCUACCCAGGGUCAAGCUACAGCCACUCCCACCACGACCUCCACUGCUGAUCCUGAAAAAAGGAAGCUCAUUCAGCAACAGCUUGUUUUGCUGCUGCACGCGCACAAAUGCCAGCGAAGGGAGAGUCUCUCUAAUGGAGAAACGUGGCAGGGAAGUCAGUGUACAUUACCACACUGCAAGACAAUGAAAAAUGUGUUAAACCACAUGACUACAUGCCAGGCAGGAAAGUCUUGUUCAGUUGCACACUGUUCCUCUUCGCGGCAGAUAAUCUCACACUGGAAGCACUGCACUCGGACAGACUGCCCUGUAUGUUUGCCACUGAAACAGGCUGAUAAAAUACGGCAUCAGCAAAAUAUCGUAUCUAAUCAGGCUCCCAGCAAUCAACCAACGGCAUCUGAUAUGAGAAGAGCAUAUGAUGCCCUUGGUAUUCAGUGUCCCACAACUGCUGCACCAGGUGGCCUUUUAACCCCUAGUAAUGUGGUGAACAGAGGACACCGCAUGGUCGCUCCUGGUCUUGGUGUAGGGCCAGCUCAGCCUAAUGUGGUGGGUGGUGCAGUUAGAGUUGCCGCACCUCCUCACACGCAAGUUCAAGGUCAGAGUGCAGCUCAAACUGUUGUGGCACCUAAUGUGUCCCUCCCACUAUCAUCAGACCCUACCUCACAGCAGCCACCACCGACACAAGGACCAGUUUCAGCUGCAGCUCAGGCUGCAGUCGCUACCAUUCAGCAGACAGUUGCAAAUAUGCAAAAUUCCUUGUUCGGGCUUGGAGGUGCUGAGCCACAAACAUCAGCAGCACAGCUCGCUGCAGAGAGCCGACUUGCAAAUUUGCAGCUGCCAGCUGUCUUCCCACCAGGUCAAGUCACUGCAACACCUGUACAAGGGACCAAAGAGUGGCAUCAGUCUGUCACCCCUGAUUUGCGAAAUCAUUUGGUGCACAAGCUUGUCCAGGCAAUUUUUCCAACUCCUGAUCCACAAGCUAUGUUGGACAAGAGGAUGUACAACCUUGUAGCAUAUGCUCGAAAAGUAGAAGGAGAUAUGUAUGAAAUGGCUAAUUCUAGGUCUGAGUACUAUCACCUAUUGGCUGAAAAGAUAUACAAGAUUCAGAAGGAACUAGAGGAGAAAAGACAGCGACGUAAAGAACAGCAGCAACAGGAACUGCAGCGGCAACAGCAGCAGCAGCAACCGCAACCACAGCAGCAACAGCAACAGCCACAACCUCAACUGAGGCCGACGGCCCCAACAGUGCCAUCAAAUGUACAAAUACGCCCCACAGCUGCAGCACCAGGUGUCCCUCAUGGAGGAACAUUAACAGGACUUCAACAGCCAACUCGUCUGCAGUUCCCAGCACAACCCACACAGCAGCAGCAGCCACAACAGCCACCUCAACCACCACAACAGCAACAGUUGGUCGUAGGACCACCUGGUCCUAGCCCCACAGGAACUUCCGUAACAUCAAAUUUGUCGAGUACAGCUUCAUUUGUACCGCCAACAAGUGCAGCUGCAGCAGUGACAACUAGUCAGUUCAACAAUGGCCUGGCAGUAUCUCCCACUGCACAGUUCUCAGAUCAGGUGAAAGCAAGAGUUGCAGGUGGCAACACAACUCCUGGUGCACAGACACCUCCAUCGGCUACCUCCCAGUUCACUCUCCAGACCCAAUUCUCAAAUGCAGCAGCUGCCCCAAGAGUUUCUGUUGUCCCAUCUGCAGCAGGCCAAGGUUCAGACAGUGUUUCAGUUUCAGGUCCCUCCCCAGGUCUUUCUCAGACUGUUAGCUCAGCAGCUUUGCCUUGUCCUACAGCACAAGUUCCACAGCUUGUUCCGCAAAGUGCCCCUGGAUCUACAACAGGAUCUGUUGUUACAGCAUCAAUGACCCAACAGCAGUUAGCAAGUCUAGGAAAGGGAAUGCCUGCAGCAGAGCGAGCUGCUCAGUCACGUCCCACGACAAGUGGUUUGUCCAGCCAGAUGGCAGCCAUUGCAGCUUCUCUCAAUGAGGAUGUGGAUUCGCCACCUCCAGCUACAAAAGGAAAGCUGGAUAACAUGCAUGCAGAUGGAGAAAAUGAUAUUAAAGUGGAAAUAAAGCAAGAGAAUGAUUUGAAUGAUCAACAUGACGGUGGAGGUGGGAAAGGUAUUAAUAUAGACAGCAUCAAGACAGAGAUUAAGACUGAACCAAUGGAUGACUGCAACACUACAUCAGAAAGUAAUGUCCUUGUUAAAGAGGAAGUUGUAACAAAGGAAGAGCCAGUAACGCCGAUGUCGUCAUCCAGUAUUGAAAAUGCAGCAGCUGAUAUUAAACCAACUGUUCCUGAGCCUAGUCAGGGCGGAGGUGCAAGUGGUGCAACAGAUAAAAAGAAAAAGUGCUUGUUCAAGCCAGAUGAACUUCGACAAGCCCUAAUGCCAACACUAGAGAAACUAUACAGACAAGAUCCUGAGUCUCUCCCAUUUCGUCAGCCUGUUGAUCCACAAGCGUUGGGGAUUCCUGACUAUUUUGAUAUUGUAAAGAAGGCAAUGGACUUGUCCACUGUGAAACGGAAACUGGAUACUGGGCAAUAUUCAGAUCCCUGGGAAUAUGUAGAUGAUGUCUGGCUGAUGUUUGACAAUGCUUGGCUAUAUAAUAGGAAGACAUCUAGAGUUUAUAGAUAUUGCACUAAGUUAUCAGAAGUAUUUGAGCAAGAAAUUGAUCCUGUCAUGCAAGCAUUGGGCUAUUGUUGCGGUCACAAAUAUACUUUCAAUCCUCAAGUGCUUUGCUGUUUUGGCAAACAAUUGUGUACUAUACCAAGAGAUGCAAAAUACUAUUCAUAUCAGAACAGAUACACCUUUUGUCAGAAGUGCUUCAACGACAUCCCUGGAGACACCGUCACCCUCGGCGAUGAUCCAACCCAGUCUCAAACUGUGAUCAAAAAGGAUCAGUUCAAGGAGAUGAAGAAUGAUCACCUUGAAUUGGAACCUUUUGUAGAAUGUACUGAUUGUGGACGGAAGCUGCAUCAGAUAUGUGUUCUUCAUUUGGACCAGAUAUGGCCACAAGGGUUUUGUUGUGACAAUUGUUUGAAAAAGAAAGGCCUGAAAAGGAAAGAGAAUAAAUUCAAUGCGAAAAGAUUACCAGCUACCAAAUUGGGUACAUAUAUUGAGACAAGAGUUAAUAACUACCUUAAAAAGAAAGAAGCUGGAGCUGGUGAAGUCUUCAUAAGAGUGGUUUCUAGUUCUGACAAAAUUGUCGAAGUCAAACCAGGAAUGCGCAACAGAUAUACCAUGGCCCAUAUCUGGGCAUGCCCACCAUCAGAAGGGGAUGAUUAUAUAUUUCAUUGUCAUCCAGCUGAACAAAAGAUACCUAAACCGAAGAGACUUCAAGAAUGGUACAAGAAGAUGUUGGAUAAAGGCAUAAUAGAGAGGAUAGUCCUUGAUUAUAAGGAUAUUCUGAAGCAAGCAGUGGAAGAUAAAUUAAUUUCAGCAGCUGAACUGCCAUAUUUUGAAGGUGAUUUCUGGCCAAAUGUUUUGGAGGAGAGUAUAAAAGAACUUGAUCAAGAAGAAGAGGAAAAGCGCAAACAAGCAGAAGCUGCAGAGGCUGCUGCCAAUGCUAUAUUUUCACUGCAAGAAGAAAGUGAAACAGGACCUGAUGGCAAAAAGAAAGGUCAAAAAAAGGCUAAAAAAUCUAAUAAAUCUAAAGCCAAUCAGCGAAAAAACAGUAAAAAGUCAAAUACACCGCAGACCGGAAAUGAUCUUUCAGCAAAAAUUUUUGCUACAAUGGAAAAGCAUAAAGAAGUUUUCUUUGUAAUCAGGCUGCACUCUGCGCAAUCUGCUGCCAGCUUGGCACCCAUUCAGGAUCCUGAUCCAUUUAUAAACUGUGAUCUUAUGGAUGGAAGAGAUGCAUUCUUAACAAUGGCACGUGAACGCCAUUAUGAAUUUUCAUCAUUGAGGAGAGCCAAGUUUUCAUCUAUGUCAAUGCUUUAUGAACUCCAUAACCAAGGACAGGACAGAUUUGUAUAUACUUGCAAUAAUUGCAAGGGUCAUGUAGAAACGCGUUACCAUUGCACUGUUUGUGACGAUUUUGACCUGUGUGUUCAGUGCUAUGAGAAAGAUGGGCAUCCUCAUAGGAUGGAGAAACUUGGCUUGGACUUGGAUGAUGGCUCCUCUCCUUCAGAUCAGAAGCAAGCUAAUCCUCAGGAGGCGCGAAAACUUUCAAUACAGCGUUGCAUCCAAUCAUUAGUACAUGCAUGCCAGUGCCGUGAUGCCAACUGUCGCCUGCCCAGCUGUCAGAAGAUGAAGAGAGUUGUGCAGCAUACAAAGAUAUGUAAAAGGAAGACAAAUGGUGGCUGCCCCAUAUGCAAACAGCUUAUUGCACUUUGCUGUUACCAUGCAAAGCAUUGCCAGGAAACAAAAUGUCCGGUGCCAUUCUGUUUGAACAUCAAACAUAAGCUGAAGCAGCAGCAACUCCAGCAAAGAUUGCAGCAAGCACAUCUGCUACGAAGGCGCAUGGCAGCAAUGAACACUAGGACAACAUUACCUGUUGGUCCACUACCAGGUAGUUCAGGGGCAGCAGGGGUGCUUGGUGCUGGUGGUGCAGGUUCAGCAGUUAGUCCAGUGGGUGUUCUUGGGCCAGCAACAUCAGGUGCUGGCAUGGUAGUUGGUUUGCAGCCUCCACAUCAACCAGGCAUUGGUUUGAAACCAGGUGCACAGACUCCCAAUGCCAACGUCCUGCAGGUUGUAAAACAGGUCCAAGAAGAGGCUGCAAGACAACAGGCACCUCAUGCUCAAGUGGGGUAUGGGAAAGGAAAUCCUCCAGGUGUUGUCACUCAGGCAAUGGCUCAAGUUAUGCCACCUCCUCAGAUACAAAGAGCUAUGGGUCAAAUGGGUCCUAACCCCGCUACUCACCUUAUGCCUAUGGAUCAGUGGACUCCAAGAUAUGCGGCUCAAGGAUUGCCACAGAAUCCAGGAUUGAGGCAGCCAUCACCUCAGUUGAUCCAGCAGCAGCAGCAGCCACAACAAGUUGUUCAAGUCACACCUCAGGCACCCCAGUUGGCUGGUCUUGGUCCAGGGGGGCACUUAGGUAUUCGUAGUGCUCCUGGUGUCGCAACACAGGGUGCAGCUGGGGGACCUGGAACUGGUUUACAAAAGCAGGCCCUCCAGCAACUGUUGCAAACACUUAAGUCACCAAACACUCCAGAGCAACAGCAACAGAUCCUCCAGAUUCUCAAAAGCAAUCCACAGCUGAUGGCAGCAUUCAUCAAACAACGGCAGGCAUACCAAAACCAGCAGCAGCAACAAGCUGCUGCAGCACAAGCUGCAGCUGCUCAACAACAGGCAGCAGUUACUGGGGCAAAUACUGGUGUUCUUGCAACUGGACAGCAACAGCAGUUGCAGCAUCUAAUGUCCCAACAGCAGCAGCAGCAGCAACAACAACAGCAACAACAGCAGCAGCAGGUAGCAGCUGCAGGUCGAAUGCAGCAGAUGCAAGCCAUGCUUGGCCAAACAACGCCAGCCACACCGCACCAUUGGUACAAGCAGCAACAGCAGCAGCAACAACAACAACAACAACAGCAGCAGCAGCAGCAGCAACAACAGCAGCAGUUACUGGCCAUGCAGAGACAUCAAUCUUUUUCACAGCCUCCUGCACCUGUUUAUGGACAACAGCAGCAGAGGCCUCGGCAACAGCAUUUAGUUGGUGCAUAUGCAGGUGCCGGCUUCCCCACAGUGCCCGAACAACAGCCAGCACAGUAUCAGCAACAGCAGCAGCAACAACAGCAACAGCAGCAGCCCCCUUUGAAACCCACACCUCCACCAGCACCAUCACCACAAGGUGUUAUGGGCCCACCAGGUGGAGCUGUGCAGUUGAUGCAGGCUGUGCGAUCCCCUCCACCGAUUCGUUCCCCUCAGCCGAACCCUAGUCCGCGGCCAGUCCCAUCACCUCGAAAUCAACCAGUGCCAUCUCCUCGUGGUGGUGGCCCUGUGCCUUCACCUCACCACCAUCAUUCACAGCCAACACACUCUCCAGCUCAUGAACUAACGGGGGGAGAAAUGAUGCUUACACAGGGACACGGGCCUGUCGCACACCACCCUUCCCCAGUUGCUGGUGCAAAUGGUCAGGGUCCAAGUGACUCCAAUGAAGUACCACCAAUGACUCCUCAGGACAAGCUUACUAAGUUUGUGGAACAGUUGUAGUAGUACCAGUGUAGUAAAAUGUACUUAAAUUUUGUUGUGUCCCAAUUUUCGUACGAUAAAAGCAACAUAUACUUUCAUGAAAGUUUGGAAGUAUGUGGCAAGCUUUUUGAUGGGGGAAAAGUAUUAAAUCCCGGUUGCACAGUAACCGUGACGUGUUUUGUGAAAACUGUUCAUGUGUACAGUUCCCGUACGGUGCAUUAUAUUACAGUAUAAAGAUAGAGAAUUACCAGGUGCAUCCUAAUAUCCACUGUGUCCUGUGUGUAGUGUAGUUGUAUAAAUAAAAAUGUACAAUGUGUGGAACCUGCGCCAUCCCCUCCCUCCACAACCCUGCAUUAUUUUAUUUAACAGACUUUGAACCAUACUGAUCCCAAAGCUGAGGAAGGAAAAACAGCACUGCCUAUUUCACGUUUAUCUUGCUGUGGACACCAUCUGCGUGUGGUGAUAUUUCAGUAGUUGUAAAUAGUCAAUGAAUGAAAUUAGUUUAUCAGGGAAGGGAAGGGGGAGGCACUGUGAACUUUGUAAACUGUAUGAAUUAUUGGCUUAGCAAGGCUGUGUUUUGUUUCUUUUUUUCUUUGUGCAGACAUUAAAGGUGUAAUAUUAGAACACUGAGAUUUGUUGCAUAAUAAAGCAUCUGAACAAAUAGUAAAUAUCUGUAAUGUUCAAAGUGCAAGAAAGAAACUAUACUUCUUAAACUAUUAGUAAAUUAAAUUAAUGAAAGAGAAUGGACUUUGGUGCAUCAAAAUGAAUAGAAUUUGUUAAUUUUAUUUUACAAAAUGAACAAAACAAACAAAAAAAAAAACAGGAAGUGUUAUCUUACCUUUCUGAGACAUUAAUAAAAGUUGAAAAAAUGAAUAUUUCCUGCUAUUAUAAAUCUACAUUAACUGCAUCAGUCAGGCUGAUCUUGUAAAAGUCAGAAAUGAAAUAUUGUGUAAUAUAAGCUGCAGUACUUUGCCCAUGCUUUUUCCUUUGUAAAGGAAAGAAGGCGGUAAUAGUAAAAUACUUUUUGUUUUCAUUUAUCACAUUUGAAUUUAUUCAAAGAAAAUUUGUAUAGUUAGGUGAUAAAGAAAGAAAGUAGAUUUUGGAGUUCAGAGCAGUAGAUAUAGAACUGCAUUCCCAAUCCAUAGGACAUCCUGCCCAGCAACCCAUAGCCAGGUAUAUCUGGCACAUUCUCUCUUAGAAAAUUUAUUUUAGAAACAAUUUCCCUGUUUUCUAGUGACUUGAACAAUCACAGAUUAAAAUUGCAGACUUCAUUCCAUUCAACAAAAAAUUGCCUUGCAUUUUCUGUGGAAUGUACCUGGAAAAAAUGCAGUAAUUUGCGUUACAGCAUAUGCUUGUGCUAUGAACAAAGCAUGAAGACAACUCUUGGCUUCUGAAGAGCUUUGUCUUUUUUACUACCCCCACCCCUACACCCAGGCAAAAUUGCAUGAAGAAAUAUAUUGGGAGGACAUGAGGUUGCAAAUUUUGUAUCAGUGUUCACUCCUGUAUUGCUCCUUUUACUUUGUGUAGUACUGUGCAUUUAAAAGUGCUGCAGAAUUCUUACUUUUUAUUGUUACUUGUAUUAUUACUUUUAUAAUGUUUGUUUUGUUUAAAAAACAGUAGCUCCUUAAUUGCUGGUAAUAAGAGAAAUCUGAAAUUUCUUGUUUCCAAUACUUUCUGUACUUCCUGCAUGUCCAUGAGGAGGCAAACGUUGCCCUUUUGGGACAGAUAUGCCUGUUGUUGUUUUUUUGUUCUUUUUUAUUGAUCAGUAAUGGGACAGAGAGAUUUUUGAAAUAUACAUUCAGUGUAUGGAUCAUGAGAUCUCUUACGUAGAGUUUUGUAAAUCACACAAUGAAAAUUUUUGGUAACCCUACUACACUGUAUAGUUAGUUCUGUGAGUAUAAUAAUGAGAAGGAUUUUUCAGUGAGAAUGAUCUAAAUCUCAUACAUGCAUACAUAUGUUAAUUUAUGUACAGUUCAUAUAUCUUGCAAUAUAAGUUCAACAAUCAAAUUGAAGUGAGAUCUCAAAUUUUUAAUGUUUUUAUUUUUGUUUAUUUUUAUUGAAAGAAAUGAUGUAAUUUAAAGUGUAUUGCUGGUGGAGUAUAAAAUAUAUUUGUAGCAGGCACAAGGUUGUGAUGUUAAUAGGGCAGUAAGGACAUAUAUUGUGUCCUAAUCUCCCCUCCACCCAUGUAUUAAAAUGACUGUCCAGAAACACUUUAACAAUGCCCAACUUGAUUGGAAAGGGUAUUUCAGUGGCAUUAAAUUUUUAAGAUAUUUGCAAUGCUGUAAAUAUUUAAAAAAAGAAAGGACUUUUUUACCCAUUAAAAAUUCUUUGAUGGGCUUACAGAGAUUUCAUAUCUGAUACUGAUUAUGUCAUUAAAAGUAGCACAAACAGUAAGAAACUAUCCUGUACUAAAGAUUUAAAAGAAAUAUCACUUUUUCUCAGCAUUCUUGGUCCUUGAUAUAUUUAUUGCCUGUACCCAUUUCAGAAACAUACGUCUAAAAAAAACUGCGUUGAACAAUCAUGCCAUGGAAUAAAUAUUGCUUUGUGUGUUUCCAGAUGUGUUAGCAUUUUAUGGAUGCAGUAGUUUUUAUUUCUGUCAUUGGUAUGUAUUAUGUUACCAGUAGACACAAAAUGUUAUUGAUGUUCCUGUAUGGUAGUGUGCACGUAGUGCCUUACUGUUUAAUAUAUUUUUUAAGUAUGAUUCUGCUGGUAUUUGUGCAAAAGGUCUGUUACAUGACAUUCAAUGAAAAUAGUUGAGAGUAGGUUUGCCAUUUAAUGUACUGAUUCUUGGCAAGAGCAGCAUAGUGUGGAAUUCAUUGUGUAAUAGUUUGUAGGCAGCUGUGUGCUGCAGGUAUUCAUGCAUGUCAUGGUUAUUAUCUUUGUUCAUUUGGGGUAUUCAGAAAAUUAAUUGUGUUUUGUAUUAUACUUUCGGUUGCUUAAAUUUCAGUUAAAUGAAUUCUUUUUAUUCCACAUUGUGUUGCUCUUUUUUGCUACAAUUUUGCAAUGUGAAAUAGUAUGUUUGUUUAAGAGUGCAUGCCCAUAAUCUUUGCUGUUUGGAACACUUGCUUCUUUUAAGUAGUAAUUUUAAGUGUUCUAUUUAUUGUUGCUAUCUUUAAACAUAAUCAGUGAUCAGGUUGUUGAGAUCAUUCUGUGAAAGCUCUCCAAGUAAAUAGUAAUUCCUGUACUGUUCUUCAAAGUAUCUUAGAGAAAUCAUUCAAGAUUUCUUCAAGACGAAAACAACAGGAUCCGAUGAGGGUUGAUAGCCAUUGUAUUAUAGUUUCUCCAGUAUGAUAAGUCAUUUGUACAAAUGCAUUAUUAAAUUAAUAAAUUUCAGCUAUUUAUCAAUGAUCA